CUUCAAAAGAAAAGACCAAUUUAAUUUUGCAAACCAUAUCCCUCAAUUUUCAGAUCAAAUGUCUUCUUGUAAUAUCAUCCUUUCUCUCUCCUUGUUCAUAACUUGUGUCAUGGUCAUUAUGGCCUCUGCUAGUAAUUUCUAUCAGGACUUUCACAUUUUAUUCGGUGACCAACGUGCUCAAAUACUUGACGGAGGACAACUUCUCACCCUCUCCCAGGACCAGACUUCCGGGUCCGGCUUCAUUUCUCAGAACCAAUACCUAUUUGGACGGUUCGACAUGCAAAUGAAGCUGGCGCCCGGGAACACUGCUGGUACCGUCACCACAUUUUAUUUAUCAUCUUCAGGGUACCAUCAUGAUGAAAUUGACUUGGAGUUUCUUGGAAACACAUCCGGGAAUCCCUACACUCUCAGUACUAAUAUCUACACGCAGGGAAUAGGGGGUAGAGAACAACAAUUCCAUCUUUGGUUUGAUCCCUCCAAAGACUUCCACACUUACUCCGUUGUUUGGAAUGUUCAUCGCAUUAUAAUCUUUGUGGAUAACAGUCCCAUUAGGGUUUUCAACAACUUGGAACUACUUCAUGUUCCGUUUCCUAAAAGCCAACCCAUGGCGAUUUACGCCAGUUUCUGGGAUGGUGAUAGCUGGGCUACACAAGGUGGCCGUGUGAAGACUGACUGGUCUCAAGCUCCUUUCACCGCCUCUUAUGGAAGAUACAACAUCAAUGCUUGUCUAGGAUCACAGCAGCAAGGUUCAUCAUCAUCAUCAUAUCCAUACUCAUACACAGACUGUGUUUCCACAUCUACCAAUUCGUCAAAUGUCGACAACUCAUGGAGGAAUCUAGGGCUUAAUGCUGCAGGUCGAAACAGGCUUCGAUGGGUUCAAACGAAGUUCAUGAUCUACAACUACUGCACUGACCGUAAUAAGUUUCCCGGUGGUCUGCCACGGGAAUGCCAGCAUUCCAAGUUCUAGAAUCCAUGUUGAGCAUAGCCUCGCGCGCAUUUUUGUUUUUUUAUUUUCUUUGGUGUUUUUUUUUUUUUUUUUGCUGAAGUCAAAUUAAGGUUAAGAGAGGCAAAGAGCCACCUUAACCUUUGAGGUUAUAUUGAAGAAGAAGGGAAAAUACAAGAGGAUCGGGGGACCACAAAACCAAAACCUCCCAUACAAAACAGGAAUAAGCUAUAGAAAAAAACAACUAACGAAAAAGA